AUGCUGCUCAAAGGAGAGCUUUUUUUGGCACCAAUCAAAAAUCCAGGCCGAGUGCUAGACCUUGGGACUGGGACUGGAAUAUGGGCCCUCGAUUUUGCAGAUGAUAAUCCUGACUCGGAAGUCAUUGGUAUUGAUCUGAGUCCUAUCCAGCCUGCAUGGGUACCACCAAACUGUCGGUUCGAAGUCGAUGACUUUGAAGAGCCAUGGACUUAUAGCCAAAAGUUUGACUAUAUUCAUGGACGAGAGAUGGAAGGUAGCAUUCGUGACCACAAUCAAUUAUUCGAUCGAGCGCUCGAAAAUUUGAAUCCAAACGGCUGGUUAGAAAUGGCCAGCAUGGAAGUGAACACCUUCUCAGAUGAUGAGACUCAUCUCAAAGCGCCAAAUAUGCUAGAAAUCGCGAAGAACCUGCACGCAGCUUCAAAGCUUUUCGGAAAGGAUAUGUCAUCUGUAUCAAGCUGGAAAGAGCGCAUGGAGAAGGCAGGAUUUAUCAACGUCAAAGAAGAAGUAUACAAGCUCCCUCAAAGCCCAUGGUCCAAGGAUCCAAAGCUCAGAGAGCUCGGAAAGUUCCACCAACUGAACAUGCUUGAGGCUAUGCCUCCAUAUAGUUAUGCGCUGUUCACUCGCUUGCUUGGCUGGAACCGCGUACAGAUCGAAGUACUGCUAGCAGGAGUACGUCGCGAGCUGAAAGAUCUCUCGCUUCAUCUUUAUACGAACGUACACAUUAUCUACGGGCAAAAGCCUGGAUAA